GAUUAAUUGGUUAGUAGUGUUGAAACCAAACCAAACCACCUAAACCAAAUAAGCUAAAUUGUUUAAUAAAAUCAGACCAAUUAUCCAAUUAACCGAAUGCUACCGGUUAAUAUAAUUACCACGGUAAACAAUCAGUUUAGUUAAGGGUGGGAAGUUGGGAACUCAUUACAUGCCCUAUUCUUAGCUGUAGCAGUUGUCGGGUAAUCUUUGGCCCACAGGUAAGAAUGGGCCACGUUGUUGGCAGCCGUAAAGAUAAAAUUUCCAGCCCACCACUUGAUUCUCCGGGCCCGGCCCGACCCACAGCUUCCAUAUUCGAACACCGGACCGGAGACGAGGUUUUUACAGUCGGUUGCAAUCUCCAGCGCCACCAUUCUUGGUUCAAUCGCAGGCAGCUUCAAUUCCAAAAAGCAAAAAGCAUGGCUCUAGCCGGGUUCCCUCUUCAAUCGAAACAUACCCGUCCAGUCCCGACGAUUGGAGCAUGCAUCACUUCACUCUCUGCUUGCAAGUUCAAGUCACAGAGCAGAGCGCAUUUGCUGCCAAGAUUGCCAAGUCCUUGUAUUCCAAUUGAGAGUGCCUCGAUUGCACAGCACAACGGACACUCAUCUCAUCAGAAGCAGCCUGGAUCGCUUCGCUUUUGGUAACAUCCCUUUCCCCUCUUUUAGUUUAGCCCAGAACUUAGAAUUAGGUUCCGGGUGGUCAUACCUGCUCUGUGGUUGAGGGCUGAAAUCUCUUAACCAUAUAGAUGCCAUUGGAGGUCUCAUUUCCAGGGCUGGGAAGGAUUGGGGUUUGGGGGAUUAGUUGCUCGUCCAUCGCACCCAACACUUACUGGAUGAGAUCAGCACGCCAGGACUGAUUAUCCAUGAUCAUAGAUGCCCAAUUCAUGGUCCGGCGAUCGUUGUAUGGGAUCUCAUUUUUUACUGCCAUAGCCGAUUAGACUUUCCCGUUGCCCACCUUCCAUCUUGAACCUCAGGCUUUUUGCACCCAUUAAGCUCUUCCAAACAUAGCUGGUGUUAGGGGCAACUCUAGUCUGCAGAAUUGUACUAGCGCCAAACUACUUUGGCCUGAAUAGCCUGAAUCUCCACCCUUUUUCUGCUGAUCAAUAUUCCGGCUAAAUGAAACCUCCGAGGUUAACUUUUGGCCGGCAGAAUUCUCUUAGGGGUCGUUUAUCCAGAGCUUUGGUGAUAAGAGCUGAGAGACCUUCGGCACAUAGACGAAAUAGAUAUGGUAAGAGUGC